GCUUUCAUACAGUUGGCAAAACCUUUUAGCCAGCUGGUCUUGAUUGGUCUUGAUGAGUAUAAAAAGAGGAACCGGAUAAAUUUUGAACCAUUCUGAACCAUUCAUAUUUUUUUCAAAUGUUUACAUUGUGAUAAAACUUUAUAACAGUUUGUUUUGGAGCUUCAAAUUUUUGGUUUUAUUUCGACAAUUUUGAUUUCGGCAUUGAGAAGACAAGCAAGAUGGUUAAUGUUUGCUGCGUCAAAGGAUGUUUUACAAAACAAGAGGACAAAAUAGGGUUGAGAUCAUUUCCACCCAUUGAUUCUUUGUUAUUUGAGCAGUGGAAAAUUGCAUCACGGAAUGAUUCACUGAAAGAUAUGGACUAUCCACUUAUAAGGAAAACUAAGAGAGUAUGUAAUCUUCAUUUUCCUGCAAAGUACAGAAAGAGACCAAUGUUCUUAAAGCAUGAUUAUCCAAUGUUGAUAGAAAAUAUGAAUGACACAGUUGUUGACGAAAUUAAUAUUGUUGCUGAUAGUAACAAAACUGUUGACAAUAAUCUUAUUACUGUGGAUCACUUGUAUUGUAAAACAGUGCAAGUUGAGACUGAAAAAAUGGAUAUUGUUACUGAAUUGAAUACUUGUAUGGAAGAGAGAAAGGAAGUAAGUGUUAUUAAGAAUGUUAGUUUAAAAGAAAAAAGAAGAAGGCAAUUGAAAAAAAGGGUUUCCUAUUCAGAUAAUUUAAAUAUUAAAUAUAAAAAAGAAUGCAUAGCAUUUGGAAAUUUUAAAAAAAUUAAUAUGAAGGUACAAAAAUUUUUCAAUCGUCAUCUCAUUAAUGUAGAGAAGAAAAGCAGGGGAGAGUCAAAUGACUUGGAUGAUAAUAUAUUCACUCGCAACAUAUUUAGACAGAGCAGGAAACGUUAUAGUUAUCCGCUUAAUUUACCAUCAAUAGCAACAUUUAAAAGUAAUCAAAUUCGAGUGGAUCCUGGUUUAAACGAUAAUGUUUUCAAUAUAUUGAAGCAACACAUUCGCAAGAAGAAUGGAAUUGAGGACAGAUUAGUUACUCUUAUUUUUGACGAGAUGUCAGUUGUUCCUCACUUGGACUAUCUGCCUAAUAGAGGUACGGUUUGUGGAUUUGAGGAUGAUGGCUACGAAAGGACAUGUAGAAUAGCAGAUCAUGCUCAGGUAUUUAUGGUGAGGAGUAUCUACAGGAAGUGGAAACUUCCUGUAAGUUACAGUUUUACCCAAGGUACAACAAAAUCCUCCACCAUAGUACAAUUUAUAAAAGAAAUUGUAACAAGAUUGGUAGAUAUAGGGUAUGUAGUUGCAGCAUUUGUAUGUGACCAAGGUCCUACAAAUAGUGCUGCGAUUAAUAUGCUUCUAGAAGAUACAAAAAGAGAAUACAUUAAAGAAAAUAAAAAACCUAAGAAAAAUAUAAUAAGGAUUUGUAAUUGUGAAAUUGUUCCUCUAUUUGAUAUAUGUGAUAUAAUCAAAUGCAUGAGAAACCAUUUAUUAAACAAAAAUUUAAAAUUUACAUUAGAAGGAGAAGCCUUAACAGCCAGUUGGGAGGAUAUAAAAACAACUUACUACAUUGAUGUUUCGAGAAGUUCACAUUUCUUGAAAAAAAUUUCAAUAAGGCAUAUAUAUCCACAAAAAAUUCCCAAGAUGAAGAUUUCUAAAGCAGUGCAAGUGUUUAGUUAUACAGUAUGUGCAACAAUAGAAAUUUACGUAGAUAGUAAAUUUUCAUGUCCCAAUGGCAGAAAACUUUCAGCAGAAUCAAAGGGCACAGCUUCACUAUGCUAUUUUAUCAAUGAUUUAUUUGAUAGUUUGAAUUGUGGCGUAGUAAAAAGGAUAAAUGCAAAAAAGUGUGUGUACAUGGGAUCAAGGCAUUUGCAGCUAUGGUAUGCGGCCAAAGAGGUGGUAAAAAGCAUGAAAUUUGUGAAUAAGAGAAACGAAAUGACUAAACAGCCAGCAGUCUUAAGAAAUUUUGCAAAAACACUAGAUAGUUACAUAAUGCUGCACUCUAUUCUGUUAAAACGAAUGAAUUUUAAGUAUAUGCCAACCAGAUCGUUCAAUCAGGAUCCUAUGAAAAAAUCGUUUGGCCAAUUGAGAGAAACGAAAAGACCUUCAUGUGUUUCGAUUAUCAAUAGAUUUUCAACAUUAUUAGUAAAUAACGUUAUUAUUGCUAAUGUUAGAGGCGAAAUUAACAAAUCUAACGGUUGUGAAUCUAUUAUCGAAGAUUUAAAUGUAUUUUUAAAUGAAACGCACGAAGCAUCGUCAAACCUAUCAAAAAUUAUGAUAGAAUUGUCAUUAUCAAAUAAACAUAUUCAUGAUGAACCGAUUGAAGGGAUCAUUUUUUCCCAUCUGUCGGUAGGUAUUUUAAAACGAAUGGAAAAAUUGUUUGUGAAAAAUAAUUGUGCCAUUUGCAACACAAAUAUCUUUGCAAGGAAAGAGAUAUCAUUCACUGAAUUGAAGCAGAAGAACUCUUAUAAUAGAAAUUAUUUGAGAAGAUAUUGUUCGGAGGUUCUUCUGCUCUCACUCAUUAACAUAUUUAAUAUAACUUAUCACAUAAUGCCUAACGUUUUACCAGAAAGAUAUGAUCCUUAUAAAUUGUUAAAAGAAUAUUUAAAGGAAAAAAUCGUUUGGAAAUUUGAGAUAUGUGCACACACAAAUGAUCUAAUCAUCAAAUUACUGGAAGAAGUUUCAAAAAUUCUUUUUAGUAGGUAUUUUCAAACUCUAAACGGAAUUUUAAAAUGUGAUUCACAAUUUGCUGAUAAACAAGACAAGAUACAACAAAGUUUUUUGAAAUAUGCUAGAAAGCAUAAAAAGAACAGAUGUUACUGAAAUUAUCAUCAACAAUAUUAAUAAAUAAACAACUGUGUCAUUUAUGAGAGAGGAGUUCAUUUACAAGACUGGAGAGAUUGGAGUUAUGAAGCACGAGUAAACGUGGUGCAUCAAUUAGGAAAGAGAUAAUUAUUUUGUAGUUUCAAUAGUUUAACUUGAUUACUAUUAAUAAAUAUUUGUUUCUUAAAAUGGAGAGAUGAAAAUCGAGCAAACGAGGACCAUCUAUAAACGAUGAGUUUGUUCAUCAUAAUGCUAGAGAGA